AUGCAAUCGUUCGAACUCCGCAUCUUGGUGCUCCAUCCGCGUCUCCUCGACGACGUCAAUGACGAAAUCAAGAUCCUGCAAGCGAACGAGAAAAUUACGUUCCGUCGACGUUUCCAAGACGGCGACCCCGAGGUUUGCAAAAUUAUCGAUACCUUUUGUGACAAUCUCUUUCGUGUUGGCGGCAAUACGUCCCUGGAAUCCAUUCGCAACGGCCAGGAGGUGUUCUUCAAGCCCGUGGUUGGCACAGAGAACGACGUCGAUCAGGCUUUUGUUCGUUCGUUCAUCAUCAGCAUGGGCAAAAGCCUCACGGAGAGCCUAACUUUUAAGGACCCACAAACUCUCAGGAACAAUUUCUUCACACGAGAUCCAGUUAGAUGGUUUAUGGGCCCGAUGAAAGCUGUAGUGACCGUCGCAGAAUGCGUGCAAGGACUAGGCAGAUUCUUGGAGCUUAUCCCACCCAGAACGAUCGCCUCUACCGACGACCAUGCCACGGCAUACGUCAAACGCCCUCAUGCACAGGCUGUGGAGCUACAGGAUACAACGAGAAGGAUCGAUAUGGUCCUUUACAUUCUAAGAGGAGGGAAUGUAACUGCCAUGUUACUCGAGGAGGUUGUACCUUCUGUCCCAUUACAAGUACCUUGUUGCCUCGCGCCACUGACAAGUUUUCACAAAGGGGCUUUUGCGGCUAGCCGAACUCGACAAGGGCGAGUUGCAUAG